CAGCGCCCAAAGCUCAAAUGAGCCUCGUUUAGAGCGAUCACCUCAGUUCAGCCCGAGACUCCCGCAGACGCGCGUCUCUCCCCGGACUGCAUGUGGAUUUACAAAGCGCAUUUCUCAAAAGGAUUAUUAACUCAGUCAUUUACAACCUGUCAGGCGGACUUGAGGUGCGUGUUCUCUGUGAGGAAUACAGUGGUGUCUUUCAAGUUUGAGGAAUGGGAUUAACGAGAUCGAAGAAAAGUUGGGAUUUGUAGGUCAGGUAAAAUGGAAAGAUAAAGCUCGUCUACAGAGCUCACCAAGGUGGAAGCAGCGGUAAUUCACAACGAAAGGAAAUGCACAAAGCCUGGGUUCUCCUCGUUGUAAUAGAAGAGGGAUUUGCCCUGGCGCAGAAAAUUAAAGAGACGCAGAAUGCGGGUGAAUCUCUGUCUAACGCUGAGCAGUGCGGCCAGUGGACCCGGAAUAUCAAUGGAGGCCUGUUUACAUCUCCAAACUAUCCUAACUCCUAUCCGCCCAACAAGGAGUGUGUGUACAUCCUAGAAGCUCUCCCUCGGCAGAGAAUUCAGCUGACCUUUGACAAAACGUACUAUAUCGAGCCUUCCUUCGAGUGCCGCUUCGACCAUAUUGAGAUAAGGGAUGGUCCCUUUGGUUUCUCCCCUCUAAUUGAUCGCUUGUGUGGGCCAAAGAGUCCAGGCGUGGUCACCUCCACGGGCCGCUUCAUGUGGAUCAAAUUCACUAGCGACGAGGAGCUUGAAGGCUUAGGUUUCCGUGUCAAAUACACUUUUAUAGCAGACCCAGAUUUUCAUUUGCACGUCGGUGGAUUGCUAAAUCCAAUUCCAGAUUGCCAGUUUGAGAUUAGUGGUACAGACGGAGUCAUCCGCUCCAGUCAGGUGGAAGAAGAGGAUAGGAUCAAAAAUGGAGAUGCUUUGGACUGCAUCUGGACCAUCCGUGCCCCUCCGCAUUCCAAGAUAUACCUCCGCUUCCUGGAGUACCAGAUGGAGCACUCAAAUGAGUGCAAGAAGAACUUUGUGGCCGUCUAUGAUGGCAGCAGUGCCAUCGAGAACCUGAAAGCGAAGUUCUGCAGCACGGUGGCCAAUGACGUGAUGCUGGAUACCGGCGUGGGCGUUGUGCGCAUGUGGGCCGACGAGAGCAGCAGACUCAGCCGUUUCCGCAUGCUCUUCACCUCGUUUGUAGAUCCUCCAUGCUCCAGCAGCACCUUUUUCUGUCAUAGCAACAUGUGCAUCAACAACUCACUGGUGUGCAACGGCGUUCAGAACUGCGUUUACCCGUGGGAUGAGAACCACUGCAAGGAGAGAAAGUCCAAGGGACUCUUUCACCAAAUCACAAAAGCGCACGGCACGGUAAUCGGCAUCUCUGCUGGUGUGGUUCUGGUCUUGCUCAUCAUCUCCAUCCUGGUGCAAAUGAAGCAACCCCGUAAGAAAGUAGUGGCCCGUCGUCCGGCGGUCUUUAACAAAGGCGGCUUCCAGGAGGUCUUUGAUCCCCCCAACUAUGAGCUGUUUUCCCUCCGUGACAAGGAGCUGUCGUCAGACCUGGCCGAGCUGUCGGAUGAGCUGGACGGCUACCAUAAGCUGCGGCGCUCCUCCACCAUGUCCCGGUGCAUCCACGAGCACCACUGUGGCACCCAGGCCUCCUCAGGCAGCAGCACAAAGCAGAGCCGCACCACGCUCAGCUCGAUGGAGCUCUCUUACCACAACGAUUUCUCCAAACCGCCUCCAAUGAAGACCUUUAAUAGCAGCAGCACCGGCACCUACAAGAAGAGCUGCUACGGCUACAAACAGACUCACGACUGCGCCGAGCAGGUGAUCGAGGACCGUGUGAUGGAGGAGAUCCCCUGUGAAAUCUACGUGAGGGGUGGGAGCGUAGGAGGGGCCGCGGGCAGCAUCGGAAGCGGAUGCGGGAGCAUUACCAUCCGAAACCAUGGCAGUGCUCGUAGCAACAACACCACCACCGUGGUGGACCCGGGACAACGCUCCAUAUCCAUGGACUUCUGAGAUGGCGAAGAAAGACGAGGGAGAAUGAGAGUCCUGACCACAACUGACUUUGUCCUGCAUUGCUGUUUUUAAUGCAUGGGCUCCAGUGUCAUGUAGACAAGCACGGAUUAGACAGAGUGAACGGACUGUACACAGACAGACAGAGAAGGCCACAUAUGGCUGGCUAUUUUAAUCUAUGUACAUUUAAAAUGAAAGAUAAACAGUAUGUAGGUUUUGUGUUGUUGCUUGGCAUUAACUCACAUUUUGCAUCAUUUGAUUCUGUGGAUAACUCAAAUUAUGCUCAAAUAAAGAUUACCUAUUGUGAACUGAAGACAAAACCAUCCCCUGCUUGUACACUUAAAAGCUGUUCCCACCAAGGAUGAUAACUAUAAAGUUUUAAUAAUAGUUUUAAUGCUAUGAAAACAGUGAAGUCCACACCACAAGUACAGACAAAAAUGUCGUAGAAGGUACCUUUCGUAUUUAUAAAAAAUGGCAAGUUACACUUUGAAUAGAAUGGGCAUUUUUAGUAGAGAGUAGACAGACUGUAAGUAUUUUCUUGUAAAACAUACUUUAAUACAUACUCUCUUAAAAAUAGAAGGAUGUUUUUGCAGUGAUGCCAUAGAAGAACCAUGUUUGGUUCCCCAACAAACCUUUCAGUGAACAGUUCCUAAAAGAACCAUUUUGAAGAAAAUUUAACAAAUCGAUAUAACCUUUUUUAACUAUAAAGAACCUUUUUGCAUUUGAAAGGUUCCAUGGAUGCCUGUAAAGAACCUUUAUUUUUAAGAGUGUCCUUCCAUCUGUAUGAUUUACACAUAUGGUAUAUUACAUACAGAGGACAACAUAACUGCAAUCAUAAAAAAUUUUCAGCUGGUGAUUGAUUGGCAUUGACAGCCGAUCAGAAUCCACUGGACGUUAAAGAGCUUAAGCAUUUAAAGCUGCGGACAACAUAUCUGCAGUGUGCGCUUAUAAUAAACAGAAAGUUAUGGACAUGUGGAUGCUAAAAUAGUUAUUAUUAUUAUAGUUCUCAUUCUUGGUGUUAACAGGUCUUUUACACUGUGCUUAAAAGCAGACAGGAUUAGAAAGGUUUCCAUCCACUGAAAUUAUUUUUUAAAAAUGGCAUGUGACGUGACAAUCACAGCUAAUCAGGACAUAUUUGAAGUUUAAUAUACAAGUGGAGGUCAUCACUGUUUAGGGCAAAAAACUAGUUUACAUGAAGACAGAGGAUUUAGUGUUUGCUUUGGACACAGUGUUCACAGGAACAUGCUUUUAUACAAGAAUGGCUACUAGAUCAAAUAUUACCACAGCGCACAUAAACACAGUCUUGAUUUACAUAUUUUGACAUUUGACUUUUGUUGUUUUUAAGCGAAUUCCCUGUGUGCACUUAUUGUUGUGUCUCAGUGGCCAUUAAAGACCACAGCACAUGUAUGUUCUUUAACCUAUAAACAUACUGUUUUGGAGGUUCAACCAAUCCAUCGCAAGCUUUAGAUAAAGUGUGGAAAAUUGUAAAUGAUGCUUACACCUUUUGUAUAGAAAUUAUUCUUUUUGUUGUUAAAUAAGUAAAAAAUAAGCAGGAAUAUAUUUUCUAACCAAUAUAUGUUGUAUAUCAAAUUAUAAUUACACUUCCAUUUUAGUCAUAACAUGAAUAAUUGUAAUGAUGUUGAUGUGAGACAUUUGAAUAAAAUUACCCAUUUGAACGAUGUAGGAUCCA